GGAAGACUGGGAGUCCUUUUUUUAAGAAUGUCACUUUUUCAGCAAAGUUCGUUCUCUAUUCCCAAUCUUUAUUUGCUCCCAGGAAAACAACUCCUCUACAACUACCCAAGUGCGUACGACUGGAACAUUCCUGAAUCAUUCAAGACGAAAUUCUCUGACUUUGUGAAAGUGUCAAAGAAAGAAUCCAUCCAAAAUCCACCAUGGAACAAUACAGUUCUGCUGACUUCUCUCGAUGGGCAAUCAUUUACCAGCUUUGCCAAAGCUACACAAUUUAACCACGAUCUCUACUGGUAUUUGGUGGCACCAUCUCUCGAAGACGAUCUCUACGUGGAGACAUGGAUGCACACAACUUCUAUGUUACCAUCCUUUUGCAAUGGGAGCUAUCAUGUCGAGAAUGUUCAGUUGUUGGGAUUCCAGAACGUGCCGGAGUACAAAGAAACUGUAGAUCAUUCCAAGUGGGCCAUUUCCAAGAACAAGAAAUGGGUGUGCAUCGGAGAUAUCAAUAGAACGGGGAGUCAAUACGUGCGUGGGGGUGGGACAGUGUGCAGCCUUCUACCUACUCCAUGGCAGCAGUAUAAUACGGCAAUACAACAGAUUGAAAAGUGCCCUACAAGCGUGUCUGGAAGCAGUACUUGAACCUAGAUGUAGGGUUAUAUUGCAGUAUCUUGUUAAUAGUUACAAUAAACCAAGCCAGUAACGUUUGAAGCUCUGCAUGUCGUCAAUAUCUUCACAUAAAAGUCUGUUCAUAUACUGAGGAUAACAAAAUCGAUUUAUUAUAAAUCUAUAUUUUCACAAAAUUUUAGGGUUUGAAACGGCCGGUAUAUCACUUAAUAUUGAAAUAUCAUUCAUUAGAUCAAAAUUGAAUUCAUUCCCGUACUUACACUCUCCAAAAUGACUACAAAGUACCAAACAUGACAAAGUCAAUAAUGCGUUUAUUUGUUUAUGACCCUCUUUCAUUGAUUGUUUUUGAGUGACAAUAUACGAAUUUCUUGAUGUGGAAGAGGUUCAUCGUGGUGAGGAUUGAGUAGAAGAAAAUAACCAGUUGUCUCACGAUGUUUCAUAUCAUAAUGUAUGUACUACUACGUUUGAUAAGAAUUUCUUAUUCGAAAUAAUGAUAAUAAUACCAAGAUUUAUCUUUGACGAUUAUAGGUGUAUAUACAUUUUAAAAAUAAUUCAUAAUCAGUAACGGAUUAAAUCAACUUUAUAACUGAUAUUGAAUCCAUGCCUGAUUGAGUCAUGCAUCAGGGCAUCAGUGCUUUUGCCAAGUUUUACUUUAUCGUAUUGGGAUAUAAGCAAAUCCUCCUCAGUUAGGAAUUAUCCAUAAUAUAAAGUUACCCAUCUUCAGGUCUGUUCAAAAUACAUGUUUGUGCUGACGAUGAACACAUUGUGGGGGGUGUAGUGUAAUCUGUUUGUAGCACAUGAUGAUAAUGUAUAAUAAGUUUUAUUACAUUGUUUUUUCGCAGACAUGUAGUAUUAUAAUCAUAUUAUAUUAUACUCAUUGAUGUUAUUAUUACAUGACUUGUCAUGAAGUAGAAUGACAGAAAUGAAAUUCCGAUUAUAAAUUAUGUUGUUGGAGUCUAUGUUUUACCUUUAAUUUGGAUCAUCUAAGUUGAAGGUCGAAAAUUUGGGCCUUUAAUUCAGAUUAUAUUCAGAUAGUUCAAUUUUUCGACCUUUAAUUCAGCUAAUGAAUUCAUGGUCAAAAAUUUGAACUACACAAUUCUAUAUACUUGGGAGUUUUGUUGCUGUCAUUUUAUUGAUCAACUGGUGUUGAAUUUCAAAGGAUGCGUGCCAAAUGACAUGACCCUGAGAAGCAGGGGUGCUUGGAGUGCUGAAGCACCCCAAGAUUUUUCGGGGGGGGGGGGUUGCUGCGUGUAUUUUGUUCAUAGGCAGCACCCCCUAGAAUUCUGGUUGGUGUAAAACAAUAAUAAAUGUAACAAAAAAUUUUCCCCUUGCUUUUCGAAUUUCUCUGGACCAAAAUGACCACCAUUUUAUAAUGAAACCUUUUUUUUUGCUUGUCAAAUAUUUUUCUGGACCAAAUUCAAUGACCUUCAUUUUAUAGUUAAACUCAUCUUUUUUUUUUUUUUGCUUGUCACUAUUUCUCGGAAAAUUGCGUUCAUUUUUUAGCGAAAACUUUUGUUUCUUUUUUUCUGUUUGCUUGUCAAAUAUACAUCGGAACCCCCCAGUAAAAAAAAUCGUUCCCAGUGCCCUGAUACUUGAGAAGCAUUGAUUUUGAAUAUGAGUCUAUUAAAUUUUUUUCCAAAUUAUGAGAAUUCUGAAUUUACACUUAGUCGUAGAUAUUUUUAUUGAAUUUUAAUUCGAAGAGAGAUAAAGAUUAAAUUACAUGUCAAUAAA